UUAUGGGUGCAAGUUCGCGCAUGCGCCGAAUGGCGAUAUUUCAGUGAAUAAUCUUUGAACUAAUAUUUUUUAACUAUGAAUUUUUGUCGUUAGCUUGUAUUUACGUCGGUAAACUAGAAAUUAAUUUAAUUCAGUAGAUAAAAUAAUAAAAUUAGGACAUUAACAAAAUAAUUCUAAAAGUGCUUAAAGUGUACCAUUGGUGGCCAUUACAAAACCUAAACUUUUUUAUCAAGACAAAUGUCCAUUUGAUUUGAUGUUUCGGCGACGUUGUGGAGCUAAUCAAAAGUUACAUUCCCUGCAUAAGAGGAGAAUGAGUUUAUGGUAACAAAAAUGAUUUUGAGAUAAAUUACCAACAGUGAAUUUGUUAAAUAGUGUACAAAAAUAUAAAAAAAGCAAUAUUUAAAAAGUAGUGUGUAUCGUGACAUGGGGAUUAUGUGCUGGUGUGAAUAUUCUCGGAAGCUGUGGUGACAUGGACUGCACGGGUGCGGCCAGGGAAGCUGAACUCCAGGAGUGAUCAGUGUGCUCGGCAUAGCACCUGCACCAGACCCUAGUAUUAUGAAUAAACGAGACAGCAAUAAGGAAAAGGAACGUCAAAGUGACGAUAAAAGAACUUCUGCCGCGACCGGUGCGGUGGGCGGGCGCGGCGUGGGCGGCAGCAGCGCGAUGCACACGUCGCGGCACUCGGUCACCUCCUCCUCGGGGGUGCUCAUGGUGGGGCCCAACUUCCGCGUCGGCAAGAAGAUCGGCUGCGGCAACUUUGGCGAACUUAGGCUCGGGAAGAACCUCUACAACAAUGAACAUGUAGCGAUUAAGAUGGAGCCUAUGAAGUCCAAGGCUCCACAACUACAUCUAGAGUACCGAUUUUACAAGUUACUAGGCACGCACGAGGGAAUACCAAAAGUGUACUACUUGGGAACAUGUGGCGGCCGAUACAACGCCAUGGUCAUGGAGUUGUUAGGGCCCUCGCUAGAAGAUCUAUUCGUUCAUUGCGGCCGAAGGUUCCGGCUCAAGACGGUUCUAUUGAUAGCAAUGCAACUUCUGCACCGCAUCGAGUAUGUCCACACGAGGCACCUCAUAUACCGAGACGUGAAACCGGAGAAUUUUUUAAUAGGUAGAGCAUCGACUAAACGAGAAAAAGUCAUUCACAUCAUUGAUUUCGGUUUGGCCAAAGAAUAUAUAGACUUAGAGACAAACAAACAUAUCCCAUAUCGGGAGCACAAGUCGCUCACCGGGACCGCGAGAUACAUGUCAAUAAAUACACAUUUAGGGAAAGAACAAUCGAGACGCGACGACCUAGAAGCCCUCGGGCAUAUGUUUAUGUAUUUUUUACGUGGUUCCUUACCCUGGCAGGGAUUAAAAGCUGAUACACUUAAAGAGCGAUACCAAAAAAUCGGCGAUACCAAACGGGCGACACCGAUCGAGAAUGUUUUCACUAAUUGUGUUGCAUUGCAGUCGACACCGGUGGGAUCAAUCCAGACGGGGCACGAGAUCGUGGUAUCUCCCAACCGCGAUAGACAUCAACCUUUCCACAAGGGGGCCGUAAAAGAUACUGGAACGGGUGGCACUGCCAAUACCGGCGGUAACUGGCCUCACAGCGGUAAAGCGACGCCGCUAACUGCGGGACAUUUGACACCAGCUGAUAGGCAUGGAUCUGUACAGGUGGUGAGUUCGACGAACGGCGAGCUGGGCGCGGACGACCCGACGGCGGGGCACAGCAAUACGCCCAUCACGCAGCCGCACCACGAGGUCGAUGUGGUCGACGACACCAAGUGUUGCUGUUUCUUCAAGCGCAAAAAGAAGAAGUGCGCCGCGCGCGCGGGCAAGUGACGCGUGCGCACGUGACAUGCGCACUAACCUUCCCCUCCCACUACCCUCCUCCACCUCCACCUCCACCUCCUCCCCACGCACGCCGCACUGCCAUCCACCUUCUCACACAGUACAUCAACGAUCACUAACAGACAUAUCUGUGAUUCGCUAUUACAUCAUGUCCCUAAUUAAUAUAUUAAUUCAUAGUAGAAUUGAACACAUAUUCUUUAGGACUAAUAAGUUGUCAGUUCUCAUUGAAUAAUCACACGUUUAAUAACCAUUUCGAUAUAAUACUCACUUUUAUUUAUUCCUUGUCAAAGUUGUGUUAAGCGUGUGGAGGGUUUGCAGAUUUAUUUGUGAUUUAGUUUAACGAUUACCUUGAUAACGCUGCUUCAAAUAAAAAUAUAAACUAUUAAACAGUAAAUACAAUUAUAUGUUUAGUUCCAAUAAAUUUUUAUACA